AUGACUGAUCACCUCAUGGGCUCCGCUGUGGCCGUGGCCAUGGAAAUGAUGAUGGACGACGAUUUCGAGCUCGAUUUAUCGAGUUAUAGCACCACGACCACGACCACGAAUACGAUGGACCAAGACGACCGGGGCUGCGCAUGGAACGCGUGGUCCCCGGUCCUGGACUGGACCGCCCUCACUGGCGGUCAUGACGACUUCCACGACCUGAUUGAGUCGAUGAUGGACGACGACGACAACGACGAUGACGGUGGAGACCUCCUCAGCAACACGAGCAACUCCACGCCAUCGACCGGAACGGAGGUCUCGUGCGACGAAGUCGUCGCCGGUGGUGAUGUCUCCGACGAUGCCAACAAGGGGGUUAGGCUCGUCCACCUCCUGAUGGCGGCGGCGGAAGCCCUCGGAGAGGAGAACAAGAGCCGGGAUCUGGCUCGGGUGAUAUUGGUUCGGCUCAAGGAGUUGGUCUCUCCGACCGACGGCACAAACAUCGAGAGGCUGGCGGCGCACUUUAGCGACGCCCUCCACUCGCUGCUAGAAUGCGCCGCCACCGGAGCGCACGCUAAGCACCACCAUCACAACCACUUCAUCGGGAACAGCGGCGACAAUCACCAUCACCACCAGAACGACGUCGUAGCGGCGUUUCAACUCCUCCAGGACAUGUCCCCGUACGUGAAAUUCGGGCACUUCACCGCCAACCAGGCCAUCCUGGAGGCCGUGGCCCACGACCGCCGCGUCCACAUCGUCGACUACGACAUCAUGGAGGGAAUCCAGUGGGCCUCGCUCAUGCAGGCCUUGGUCUCCCGCAAGGACGGCCCACCGAGCCCACACCUCCGGAUCACGGCCCUCUCCCGAGGGGCUGCCUCCGCCGCAGCCAGGAGAUCUAUCGGAACCAUCCAGGAAACCGGCCGGCGACUGGCAGCCUUCGCGGCGUCGAUCGGUCUCCCCUUCUCCUUCCACCAGUGCCGCCUCGACUCUGACGAGUCGUUCCGGCCGUCAGCGGUGAAGCUCGUCAAAGGCGAAGCCCUAAUCGUCAACUGCAUGCUCAAUCUCCCUCACUUCACCUACCGGUCGCCGGAGUCCGUGGCGUCCUUUCUCUCCGGCGCAAAAACGCUCAACCCGAGGCUGAUAGCUCUGGUGGAGGAAGAAUCUCCGCUGCCGGCGACGACGCCGGAAGGAAGUGGCGGAAAGUUCGUGGCGAGAUUUAUGGAUUUGUUGUACCAAUACUCGGCGGUGUACGAUUCUCUGGAGGCGGGAUUCCCGAUGCAUGGCCGGGCCAGGGCUUUGGUGGAGAGGGUGUUCUUGGGGCCCAGAAUAGCCGGGUCGUUGGGCCGGAUCUAUAGGGCCCGUGGGGAGGAGAGUGGGUCGUGGGGGGAGUGGUUGGCUGCGGCAGGGUGUAGGGCGGCGCCGGUGAGCUUCGCCAAUAUUUGCCAAGCGAAGCUGUUGUUGGGGCUGUUCAACGACGGAUAUAGAGUUGAAGAAGUCGCGAGUAAUACUAAUAGGCUCGUUUUAGGUUGGAAGUCUCGUCGUUUGCUCUCGGCUUCUCUUUGGACGUCGUCGUUUUCAGUUUCCGAUUUGUAA